AUGACGUCCUGUCUCAAUCACGAAGUUCCAAAUCCACCUCUUCACCUGGACUCGAGAGCCCAUCAGUUGGAAGCUAAGCAGUCAGAGAAGGAAAGAGUCAGCAAAGGUAAGAACCAGAGAAGGAAAGAGUCAGAGAAGACAAGGGUCAAUGCAGGACAGAAUCAGAGAGGGAAAGAGUCAGAGAGGGAAAGAGUCAAAGAAGGAAAGAGUCAGAGAGGGAAAGAGUCAAAGAAGGAAAGAGUCAGCAAAUGUAAAAACCAGAGAAGGAAAGAGUCAAAGAAGAAAAGGAUCAAUGCAGGACAGAAUCAGAGAGGGAAAGAGUCAAAGAAGGAAAGAGUCAGAGAAGGAAAGAGUCAAAGAAUGAAAGAGUCAGAGAAGGAAAGAGUCAGGGAUGAAAAGAUCCAGCAAAGGAAAGUAUAUCUAAUAGAUAUUUAA